AAGGUAAAGGGUGCACAUGGUGCACUCCAACCUCCCUAAUUACAAAUCUCUUUCUCAUUUUCAUCCCGUCUCUCUCCACGCGAAUGUUCGAGCAUUUUUACCAGCACGCCUAUAUAAACAAGUCAGAACCCGUUUAUUUUCGCACACAAAAAGGCAUCUGUGUACCUGUGUUCGCCUGAACCUGGAAAUUUUUUUAUUCUCAAGUCCAAUUUAAUUUUUGCUGGUCGCUUGAGUGUUUCUACCAGAAAUGGCACAGAAUCGAGUUUUCUUCGCGUUUUUUCUGAUGUCUGUGAUAGCUGUAAAAAUGGCCAUCGGGUGUCAGGGACACAGAAAGAAUAGUGAAAGACCGCACAUCAUUCUUAUUUUGGCUGAUGACCUCGGGUGGAGUGAUGUCGGGUGGAGAGACAGUGCCAUGUACACCCCGACGCUGGACCGUUUGGCUCAAGAAGGAAUGAUACUGAAUGACUCUUACAUGCAGCCCACCUGUACUCCAUCGAGAGCGGCCUUGCUGACGGGUAUGUACCCGUUUCGUCUCGGUCUGCAGCAUUCCGUACUCAACGCAGGGAGGGACAACUACCUCAGUGACCAGUACACUAUUCUACCCCAGUAUCUGAAGCGUUUAGGGUACGCUACCCACAUGAUCGGCAAGUGGCACCUAGGUUUCUGCAAUUGGAAAUACACCCCUACCCGCCGAGGAUUUGACACUUUUUACGGGUACUACAACGGUAUAGAGGGCUACUACAAUCACACAGGCCAUAAGGACGGCUACGACUUUCGUGACAACGAGGAGGUGGACUGGUCAGCAAAGGGACAAUACUCUACACACCUCUUCGCCGCCCGAGCACAGCAGAUACUAAUGUCACAUGACUUCUUUCAGCCUUUGUUUCUCUAUCUGUCAUUCCAAGCAGUCCAUGGACCUUUUGAGGUGCCUGAUUCGUAUAUCGAGACCCACUGCGCGCAUGUGCGAGACGCUGACCGGCGCAUGCGCUGUGGUAUGAUCGCGGCCCUGGACGAGGCUGUGGCCAACGUCACGAGGACUCUGGAAGAGGAAGGCUACCUGGACAACGCCAUCAUCCUCUUCUCGUCCGACAACGGAGGGCCGACCAACAAGGCCUCCAGCAACUGGCCCCUGAGGGGCUCCAAGACCACCUUGUGGGAAGGUGGCACGCGCUCUGUCGGCUUCAUUCACAGCCGCACGCACCUUCGCAAGGCCGGCAGGACCUACAGCGGCCUGGUGCACGCCGUGGACUGGCUCCCGACCUUACUGGCGGCAGCUGGCAGCAAUGGUAGCGAUGUCGACCUUCCUCGCAAUAUCGACGGAAUGAACCUUUGGGAGCAAAUCAAGAUAGGAAUCCGCAGCCCCAGACUGGAGUUCGUCUACAACAUUGAUGAUGUGAAGGACAAUGCGGCGCUGCGAAUGGGCAGGUUCAAGCUGCUGUCUGGCAAUCCCGGCAAGCCUAACGACUGGGCCAACCCUCCUUCAGGGGCCAGACCUCGCGCGGCGCCGAAGGGCCGAGUCCCCGAUGUCCACCUCUUCGACCUCGACGUGGAUCCUGCGGAGACGAGGAACAUCGCCGAUCGACGACCGAAGACUGUCACCAACAUGCUGCAAAAACUGGAGAAGUACAAGCAAGGGGUGGUGCCCACCCGCCGAGGUCACGUCAUGAAGCUGUCCAACCCGAGGUUGCACAACAACACCUGGUCGCCAGGAUUUUGUUAAGACCCCAGACUGCUCGCUACUCCUCCCUACCUUUCUCUCUCUCUAUGUGCCAUAGUGGAACAAGAUAAAAUAAUCUUGGUCACAGAUAGUUGGUUGCUGAUCUACAUAAAAAAUAUAUUAUUUUCGUAAAUAAUUCCGGUAAACCCCAUUCAGCUAUGGGUGUUGUCUCUCCUGUACUCGUUGUCAGGUCGGAGAGAAGGGAGGAGGCGGCAGAAUAGAUGCAGCUGCUAAUGAGGUUUUCAACACCGGCGACAAGCAUGGGCUGGGCUGGUUGAUAAAUUCCAGCCAAUUUCAUUACCUCAUUACUAAAUGUCAAUGUCUUAAUUAGUAAUUCGCUGCGCUCUUCAAAUCCAGAUGCUGGGUGGGAAAUGCCGGUCUCCUUUUCCCAGACUGUUGUCACAGUAAUUACAAGAUGACUAUGGCACAAAGUGCCCUUGGACUAACCAGAGAGCGAAAAACAACACAGAGAGUCGAGCUGGGAUAAUUAAGAUAAAAAAUGUUUAUUGCAUGUUGAUUGCAUUAAAUGUAAAGAUGUUAGUUUGAACAAUACCACUAUGUUAUUUUUUAUUUUACUGAUUACAAAUAAAGGAACGUAUCGAAGAA